GUGAGCUGCGAGAGGGAAAAGAAAGGGAGCGAGAGAGAUAAGAUCAGACAUGAUUUCACCCGCAAGAAUGGUGCUUUGAGAAGGAGCAGAUGGCUGUCUGUGUCCGCGAGGGCUAAUUUCUCCAAUCACAAGCUCAUCCCCUCCUCUUUGCACAGAGCUGUUUCAGUGGAGUCAGGAUGAUUUUUCCUCAAAGGAAGCGGAACGUGUUCCUGGUGGUGGUCCUGGUUGGUGGUGUGUCGUUCAUUGUGGCUGUGGUCCAUUACAUCCACCAGGCUCCCUAUCACAUUAUACUCUCACAGCUGGCUGCCAGGCCGGGCACUGAUGGCCUAAGCCACUUCUUCAGUGCGUUUGGUCAGAGUAGCAAGGUGCUCCAAGGUUAUGUCAGCAUCCCCGAGCAGCAGCCCCUGGUCCUCACCUGUCAACAGUGCAGCAUCGUUUCCAGUUCUGGGCAGAUGUUGGGCAGGAAGCUCGGUGCUGAGAUUGACCAAUCAGAAUGCAUAUGGAGAAUGAACAAUGCUCCAACUGAAGGCUACGAGACCGACGUGGGCAGCAGGACCACGGUGAGGGUGGUCUCCCACACCAGCACCCCACUACUUCUCCGGCAGGGGGCUUUCCUCUCCGGCCUCAACAGCUCCUUCCACGUCUUCUGGGGCCCGCAGCGCAACAUGAGACGAGAUGGCAAAGGAAUUGUCUACAACAUGCUCAGGACCGUCCGCAAUCGCUUCCCGGACGCCAAAAUUUACACUCUGACAGAGGAAAAGAUGAGAUUCUGCGACGUCACCUUUAAAAGGGAGACUGGGAAAGACAGGGUGCUGUCUGGCUCUUACCUCAGUACCGGUUGGUUCACUUUCAUCCUGGCAAUGGAGGCCUGUGACACCAUUGACGUCUAUGGAAUGAUCAAUGAUACGUACUGCAGGGCUGAAGGGCACCAGAACGUCCCGUACCAUUACUACGAGCCCAAUGGCCAGGAGGAGUGCACGGAGUAUUACAUGCAUGAAAAUGCCCGGUAUGGAGGGCACAGGUUCAUCACAGAGAAAGCAGUGUUUGCCAAGUGGGCGAAGGAGAGGAAGAUCAGGUUCUUCAAUCCCACUUGGCAAGUGUCCUGACCAAGUCUUUGUCAUCGGACUGUAUCCCUCGGAGACCGGUGGCAGUGGCCAGGCGCUCACUUAACUAACUGAGCGCCACGAAGUCGUCAUUUUGAGUGAACCCAGGCUAGUUUCUAUUUCUGUGCGCUGCCAAUAAAUGUUGCCCCACCCAGCUGUUGGUGUGAGGACCAAUUGUUGCUCUUCAUUUGCUUGUGGAGAAGUAAAGUGCAGUCAGGUGGAGGUCCCGCUGGUUUAUGCGACAAAGAGUUUGUCAACACUGCUGCCCUUCCGUUGAGACAUUUCCUCCAUUGCGUCGCACUUUAGAAGUAACUUGUUGGCUGGAGGGGACAUGAGCAAAGCUCUAGAAAGGCAAGUUUGUCUCCUUUGAAGGCUGGCUGGGGGGAGGUCAUUGGUGAAGAUCUCCAUCCCAGAGAAGGGAAGGUGAGGAAAAUUGACGGCAGUCUCGUGUUCAGACAGUGAUUUGUGGAAACAGUAUUCUAAUACUACUCACGAUCGAACCUGUAACAAACACAACUUGUAUUCUAGCAUCAGUUUAUUCAGUUUUUCUGCUUGCUGUUCACUAACUUUCAAUGACAAAUCCAAUUUUGUGAAUGACCUGCAUGCCCUUGAUAUGAUUCCCACUGUUAACCUAGCUCAUCUGCUGCCUGAAGAGGUUGUAUGUUAUUUUUUGCUCGUUUCAGUUUUUGGCUGGGAAUGUCCACACAGUAGCAGCAGGUGCCUGUACUGCAUCUCCGAGACAGCACAGAAGCAGGCCCCUGUGUCCACCAUCAAACCACUUUGAUGAGCACUUUCACUCUGUCUGAGACAAGCAGGGUUUCCCGGUGGCCAACCAUUUAAUUCCAAUCUCCAUUUCCUAUCCAACAUGUCGAUCCAUGGCCUCCUCUACUGCUACGAUGAGGACACUGUCAGGUUGGAUGAGCAACACCUCAUAUUCCGUCUGAGUGGCCUCCAACCUGAUGAUGUGAACAUCGAUUUCUCUAACUUCAGUAACUUCUCUCUUCUUCUAUUCUCCACUCUGGCUCCCCUCUUACCUCUUUUUCUCCUCACCUGCCCAUCAUCUCCACCUAGGCUCCUCCAGCUUCCAUGGUCCACUCACCACUCCUAUCUGAAUCCUUCUUCUUUAACCCUUUAUCUUUUCCACCUUUCACCUCCCAGCUUCUCACUUCCCCCACCCACCGACCUUCCCCCCUCACCUGUCCGCACUUAUCACUUUCUAGCUAUUAAUCCGCCCCUUCCUCCCACCUUCUUAUUCUGUCUUCUUCUCCCUUCCUUUCUAGGAACAGGUGAAGGGUCUCAGCCUGAAACGUCGACUGUUCAUUCAUUUCCACAGAUGCUGCCUGACCUGCUGAGCUCCUCCAGAAUUUUGUGUGUGUUACUCUAGACUUCCAGAUCUGCCUAAUAUCUAGUGUUUAUGCGUUUAUAUUCAUUCAAUUGUAUUCUUCCAAAGAUCCCAUUAAAUUCCCCUGUAAUAACACCACUAGAGCCUAUUGCUGUAGUUAAUUAGCCUACCAAGCCACGGGCCUUUGGGAAGAGGGAGGGAAUCUGACACCUGGGAGAAACCACGUGGUCACAGGGAGAAUGUGCAAACUCCACAUAGACAGCACCGUAGAUCAGGAUUGAAGCUGGGUUGCUGGAACUGUGAAGCAGUGGCUCUACCAACUGCUUUAAAAUAUUAGAUCGAGCAUGUAAGAUGGGGAUAAGGCAGUUCUUCUUCCUCUGAAGUUAGGAACCUCUCUUCCUCAGAAGGUGAUAGAAGCUGAGUCCAGGAGCAUUCCUGGGGCAAAGGUAGUUAGAUUCUGAAUAUGAAAGUGGUAAAAGGCUGCUACAGGUAAGCAGGAACGUGGAGUUACAAUCAGAUCGUUUACAACAGCAGAGAAAACCCAUGCAGCCAAGUGGUCAACUCCUGCUCUUAAUUUGUUUGUCCAUACAUACACAAGAUCACCGGACGAAGCAGGAGUAUCCACAGCCUGGCUUACCCUUCAGUAUGAUCAUGGGGUAGGGAUUUCCAGAGAUUCACCUUGCAGUUUCACUGCAGCUCCAUUUUAAAUCUCCAGCCCUUUAUAGUGUAAGUGAGUCUCCUUGUUUGUGACAGCAACUUGUGAAAACAUCCACCUAUCUCCCCUUUAGGACCUUAAAUGCUUUAAUAUUAAACCUUAAAUGUUUGAACAAGCUCACCUCACUCCUUAUUCUUCUAAUCUCCAAUGAGAUUGUAAUCAAUCAAUCACUCAACAUUCAUGGUCACUGUGAAAAUUACAUGCAAGUCCUUUAAGUAGCCUAGCCUAAAGGAAGGAACAGAGAAGGCUGGCUUCUUUUCCAGAACUUUUCAAACCACUGCAGAAAAUAAAGUACUUUUCUAGUUACUAAUUGUUAUAAUGUUGACAACGCAAUCACCAAUAUGCGUACAGGAAGAUCCCACAAACCGUGAUGCGAUGUUAACAAGAUAAUCAAUGUUAGUAAUGUUGGAACAUUUCUUAUGAGGUCACGUGAAGUUUUUCCUUUCAUAAGAUGGUACGUUCCUAUUAUAAGAUAGGCUUUUUUUCCCAACUGCCUUGUGUUGAUCUAAUAUUGGCCUCCAAUGCAACCCUGAGCUCAGCAACCUAGUGGGAUCUUCUAGACAAAAUCUGCAGGUGCUAGAAAUCAACGUAAUACACACAACAUGCCAGAGUAACUCAGCA